UGUUGUUUUUGCUGUGAAGCAGGAAGCUCUCUUCUUUCAAAAUUGGGCGUCUAGUACACAGACAUUAAUUGCCCUUUUACUCAUUGGAUUCUUUAAAACUGGACUUCUUCUUACAACCAUACAGAGUUCAACAAAUACCUUCCUCGUUAAAGAAAAGAAGAUAUUCUGCAACAGGAUCCUGCAUGGUUGGUGUGUUGUGCAGAGAUGACGUUGCAGGAAGGGGCGCGGAGCUGUCUGCUGCGCUUUCGCCACAGACUGGAGCAGGACAUCAAGCCCUCCUACCUGAUGGACCAUAUGAUCAGUGAUGGUGUGCUGACUGUGGAUGAGGAGGAGAGGAUCAAGACCCAGCCCACGAGGAAGGAUCAGGCUGUGGCCCUGCUGGAGCUGCUGCUGAGGAAGGACAAUCAUGCCUAUAUCUCCUUCUAUAAUUCCCUGGUCAAGGAGACAUACAAUGAUUUGGCCAGUCUGCUUCACGAUGACCUACCGUGCACGUCACCUGAUGCUCAUAAGAACUCCUCUGGUGGCUGCACACCUUUUGUCCAGACAGUGCUCAGUGAAGGCGGCGUACCACAGAGGCCCGUGGUGUUUGUCAGCAGACCAGAGCUUGUGAACCGGGUCAGGGAGAAACUCUAUCGCCUGCAGAAGGAGCCUGGCUGGAUCACUGUCUUCGGCAUGGCUGGCUCGGGCAAAUCCGUCCUGGCUGCUGAGGCUGUGAGACACCAUGAACUCAUCGAAGAGUGCUUCCCUGGAGGGAUCCACUGGCUGUCCAUCGGCCAGUUGGACAAACCAGACUUGCUGGUGAAGAUCCAGUCAUUGUGUUUCCGUCUGGAGCAGAGCCUGGAUUCCCAGACCCUCUACCGCCACCCCAACUCUCUGGAUGAGGCCAAGGAGCGCCUGCGCUUCCUCAUGCUGCGCAGAUAUCCGAGAGCUCUGCUGAUUCUAGAUGACAUCUGGGACAGUACAGUGCUAAAGGCGUUUGAUAUUCACUGUCGGAUACUUUUGACCACCAGAAAUAGAAGCCUUGCUGAUUCUGUUAGCGGUGCUAAAUAUGAGGUGGAAGUGGAGAGUGGUCUGGAUGAAAACAAGGGGCUAGAGAUCCUUGCUCUGUACACUAAAACUAAACUCAAGGGACUUCCUGAGGAGGCUCGCAGCAUUGUCAGGGAAUGCAAAGGUUCCCCUCUGGUAGUGUCCCUAAUCGGGGCUCUACUCAGAGAGAAACCCAACCGCUGGCGUUACUACCUCUGCCAGCUGCAGCAGAAGCAGUUCAAGCGCAUAAAGAAGUCAUCGUCUUACGACUACGACGCCCUCGACCAAGCCAUGGCUGCUAGCAUUGAGGUCCUACCUGAUGAACAUCGAGAGCUCUACAAGGACCUUACUGUGCUAGAGAAGGACAUCAAAGUCCCUGCAAAGGUGCUGUCUGUUCUGUGGGACUUGGAGCCGGAGGAAGUAGAGGACAUCCUCGAGGAGUUUGUCAACAAAUCUCUGCUUUUUGUGGACAGUCACAAUAAACCCUACCUGUACUACCUCCAUGACCUCCAGCUUGACUUCCUGGUGGAGCAGAAUCACACCCAGCUCGAGAGCCUCCACACUAAGGUGGUGCAUCAGUACCAGCGGCACUACAGAGAUGGUCCUCCCACCUCAGGAGAUAAGGAAUGUCUCUACUGGAUCAGAUUCAUCACCCACCACAUGGCCAAAGCCAACCUCUCCCAGGAGCUCUACUCGCUCAUGUUUUCUCUGGACUGGGUCAGCAUCAAGGCCCAGAUAAUGGGUCCAGCUCACCUCAUCAAUGACUAUGUAGAGUAUGGACCCAUUCUGGACAAAGAGAACAGCGAAGUGCGCAGUCAAUUCCAGGAGUUUCUGUCUCUGAACGCCCACCGGCUGGAGCAGCGUCCCUUCCCUGACGUGAUGCAGCUUGCUCUGUCUCAGCCACGUACCUCCGAGGUCUACAGACAGGCUCUGCUGCAGGCGCAGGACCGGGCUAGGACAGGGAAACUCUACUUUGACUGGCUGAAUAAGAGCAGUGUAGAGAAUCUGUCCCAUCUGGUUAUCCACCCCCACCAGGGCUCCAUCUACAACGCCUGCUUCUCCCAUGAUGGAGCCAAGAUCGCCUCCAGUGGAGCCAGCAAGACACUCAAGGUGUUUAAAAGCACCUCAGGUGAGAAGCUCACAGAGAUCCAGGCCCAUGAUGACGAGGUGCUCUGCUGUGCCUUCUCCCCUGAUGACCGUCUCCUAGCAACCUGCUCUAGUGACAGGAAAGUCAAGGUUUGGAACAUGGAGCGAGCCAUGCUGUUAAGGGUCUUUGAGGAGGAGCAUGAAGAGCAGGUCAACCAUUGUGAGUUUACCAACACAACAAGUCGCCUCCUGCUGGCCACCUGCUCCAACGACAAGUUCUUGAAUGUCAAGUUGUGGAACCUCAACAAGCCUUCCUCCCAGAACACCAUGUUUGGCCACUUUGAGCCAGUCAACCACUGCUGUUUCUCCCCUGAUGACACCUAUGUGUCCACUUCCUCUAACGACGGUACCAUUAAGCUAUUUCAGGUGUUGUCUGCCAACGAGUGGAAGACAAUCAAUGUGAGAAACAUGUUUGCAGAAAGCGAUGAAGAGGUCCUCGUCAAGUGCAGCACCUGGACUGCCGACGGCAAGCGCAUCAUAUGUGCAGCCAGGAAUGCUGUUCUGGUGUUUGACGUGGAGACAUCGGACAUGUUGUUGGAGAUCAGAUCGAAUCGUCUGAGCACGGUUCAAUACUGUCACGCCUGUGCCACCAGUAACCUGCUGGCUAUCGCAUUCUCCAACUACGCUGUGGAGCUGUGGGACUUGGAAGCUAAUAAGAAGAUGGCUGACUGCAGUGGUCACCUGAGUUGGGUCCAGCGUGUCCAGUUCUCGCCUGACGGCUCACAGCUGCUCUCCUGCUCUGAUGACCAGACUGUCAGGUUAUGGGAGACUAAGAAGGUGCACACCUCCUCAGCCAUCUGCCUGAAAAGAGACUCUGACGUUAUCUUCAAUGAUGAAGAAAUCAUAGUGUCAGCUGCAGACAACUGCAACAGACUGCAGGUGCGUGAUGGCAGGACAGGAUCAGUGCUGUUCCAGUCGGAGGAGAAGUCGUCCAGGAUCCGGUGUACGUGUAUGUGCAGGCAGGCCUCUGCUGUGGUCCUGGGCCAGGAAGAUGGAACUGUACAGGCAGCAGGGCUGACAGCUAGUCAGGUACUGAGGACGGUUGCCUGCAGGAUCCGAAGACUGUUGACCUCCUUCAGGGGGUUGAUGCUGGCUGUAGGGCUAUGCACAGGCAGCGUGCAGGUGUUGGAGGUGCCCUCUGGGAAGCUCCUAGCCACUCUGCUGGGACACACAAAGACGGUGCUGCACUGCCAGUUCAGCCAGAAUGGCCAAACACUUAUUACAUCCUCCGAGGACACCACCAUAAGGGUGUGGAGGUGGCAGUCAGGGGAGUGUAAAGUACUGCAGGGUCACAAGGAACAGGUCAGAUGCUUCUCGCUGCUCUCCGACUCGCCGGUCGACAUGAGAUUGCUGUCCUGGUCCUUCGACGGCACUGUCAAGAUGUGGGACAUAGAAAGUGGAGAGAAGCUGCAGGACAUCGAGGCUCAUCGGGGAGCCAUUCUGUCCUGUCAUGUCUCGCCAGAUGGAUGCCUCUUCGCCACCACCUCUGCUGACAAGACUGCUAAGUUGUGGCACUGUGAGUCCUGGCAGUGUGUCCACACACUGAGCGGCCACCAAGACUGUGUCCGAAGCUGCCGAUUCUCCUGGGACAGCCGACGCCUCGCAACAGGAGAUGACAAUGGAGAAAUUUGGCUCUGGAGUGUCGAGGACGGCUCUUUGCUGAAGAUUUGUUCCAGAGAAGGUAAAGAUGGCAUGGACUCACUGCACGGAGGCUGGGUGACCGACCUGCACUUUUCCCCAGACAACUCUCUUCUGGUCUCAACUGGCGGCUACAUCAAGUGGUGGGAUGUGGAGAAAGGUGAGGCCCUGCAGACAUUCUAUCCGUCGGGAACGGCGUUGAAGAGGAUCCAUGUCUCAUCUGACUUCUCCACCUUUGUCACCAUUGACACCAUCGGCAUCCUCUACAUCCUGCAGAGGGUGGUGUGAUGUUGCAAACACUGCUCCAAAAGACGCAAAAAAAACCCCAACAAACAAACAAACAAAACACCACCAUCUAACCAAACACUACACUUUUCUUGCAAAAACUUAUAGUGUUGCAGACUAUACUGUAUACAGCUGCAGCAUCCCAUAACCACACACUUCUCAGAUAAGUUUCCAUUUCCACUGCACUCCUUCUACUCUUAGGCUAACACUAGCCUACAGCAUUACCAUGAUGGUGACGGUGAUAAUCUACUGUUGGGAGCGUGAAAGAGUCUAAAGACAUUUUACACAUGAAGACAGUAGAUGCAAAUGCAUCUACAUGGUUUUUGUAGAUAAAAUAGAGCAGAAUCUUGCAUUAAAAAGCAACAUGUUUACUUGAAAAAAAACAAUGUUCGUGUCUAUCAGGUAUUCUCAAGCAGAUCUUUUGAAUCAUUAAUACCUAAUAUCAACAGGCUAAAGAUACGUGAUUCUUGUAUCAGUUCAAAUGUGAAUAAUCAAUGUUAAUCCAUUAUGCAUUAGGACUGAACAUUAUUGCAUGUGAUGUGAGAGAUUUUCCACUCCGCUGUAUGUAAUCGAUAUAAGUUAUCAUCCACUGAUCCGUUAGAAGUCAUGACAUGCAUGUGAUUUGUGUAUGCUGUGAUGUUUUUUAACUUAUAUUUUUCAUAUUUGUAUUCAAGGGUAAAUCUUCUGCAUCUGGUCUGAACCUGGUUGUUAGUAUGUAUGUACAGUGCUGAGCCUCUUAUUUGCACUGUAGCCUCAGUCUGAAUGGGAAUACUGUAGGUACCAGAGAUGUGUGUUUUGUGUACAUGGGUUUCUCGAUCCACCAGCAUAGAUAGAUAGAUAGAUAGAUAGAUAGAACUUCUGGUGCACUUUGAUAAGCAUUAAAAAUUGAUAGUUAGAUUAAGUUUUAAUGAUAGAGCAUUUAAAAUUUAUUCCAAAAAUCUUUUGAAAGCCUGUGUGUCUAUUUGUACAUCUGAACUAUUUGUACUUUUGAACUUAGAUCAAAGGUAAAUGUUUUCUACAGAAAUUUCCACUUGCUCAUUUUAUUACUUUUUGAUUUUUUUUUUUUUUUUUUUACCAGUUCUUAUACUAUAUACCUCUUUUUACACACAUUUUUAUCUGCACGUUGUCUAACUACUGAGCCUUUUCCUGUUCUAAGCACUUUGAAGCAGGAGUUAUAAUCUUUCAUGAAGCUUUCGCUAAUGUGGCUUUGUUCAUACACAUAAAAAUUGAUCCUUACUUUGAUUUGACAAUACAGAUGAGCAGUUAUUCCCAAGUGUGUGACAAAGGGGCAAGUCUCUCUUCACAUGCUGUGAUCUAUCAAAGGUAUUCUUUGCAGUGGGGAUGAUACAGACUCCAGGUCCAGUAGGAGUAAUAAGCACAUAAAGACAAUAAGGGAAUAAAAGUAAGGAUGCAUUUCAACAUUUCUCAACAAUGCUGUUGUCAUUUUCACAUUGUGCUCUUCCCAGUUGGUGCUUUAAAGUCAGCAUAAAUUCAAUCAACAGAUUUCCUUCCAGUGAGGAGGUCUCUGUCUAACAAAAUUGCAGAAAUAUUGAUGUCUGCUCAGGAUGUAUUGAUACUGUUAUACGGUGUGGUGCAAUGUGUGUGUAAUUUAUAAAAGAUUGAACUACA